UCUGCCCCCUUCUCGACUCUUCUCCGUCUACAAACUUCUCUGCCUCUCCGAGAUUUCUAACCGAUCGGCGAAAAGCAAAUUCAAGAAUUCCGAUUUAAACUCUCUCUGCAAACAUGUUGGUUUACCAGGAUCUUCUUACAGGUGACGAGCUUCUGUCCGAUUCCUUCCCCUACAAGGAAAUCGAGAACGGGAUGCUGUGGGAGGUUGAAGGAAAGUGGAUUGUGAAAGGAGCGUUGGAUGUUGACAUUGGGGCGAAUCCUUCGGCGGAAGGAGGCGAGGACGAAGGAGUCGAUGACCAAGCUGUUAAGGUUGUCGAUAUCGUCGACACUUUUAGGCUUCAGGAGCAACCGGCGUUCGACAAGAAGCAGUUUGUGACAUUCAUGAAGAGGUACAUAAAGAACCUGACACCGAAGCUGUCGGAGGAGAAGCAAGAGACGUUCAAGAAGAACAUCGAGGGCGCGACCAAGUUCUUGCUCCCUAAGCUGAAGGACUUCCAGUUCUUUGUCGGGGAGAGCAUGCACGAUGAUGGCAGCUUGGUUUUCGCUUACUACAAGGAAGGAGCCACCGACCCGACCUUCCUCUACUUGGCCUGUGGCUUGAAGGAGAUCAAGUGCUGAACCAUUCAGACUACACUUCCCUUCUCUUCUCUUUUCUUUUUCUUUCUUCAGAUGGAUGAUAUGAGUUUUUAGGGUUUUGGGUUUUUCCUUUUGUCGGAGAGUGAGUUUGUCUUUUGUGUCGUAUUUUGGUGGUGUGAUGUCGUUUUUUGUUUUAUAGAAUUUUGUCUUAAAAGGCUCCCUUGGAAUAAGAAUGAAAUUGAAUA